GAACCUAGUGUUAACUCCGCCGGCCACCAUCGGGAGGCUCGGGACCUCCACAAGACGCCACUUUCUCCAUUCGCUCUCCGACCGAUGCUGCCACCAACGGCACGGACCCUCUGAAGGGACACGGACAAGAUGGACCACAUCGUCGAGGUGACGGCCGGGUUUGCAUACGUCCCGGCCGGCCUCAUCUACGGCUAUCUACUGCUGCUGCCACUGAGUGAGGACAAGACCAUAGCCUGUCUGUACGACGAAACGCUCUACUGGCCGCAUGUCAUCGCGAUCGUCGCUAUGCUGAUCACGGUCGUGGUGACCAACGGGCUCAAGCUCAACUACCGCAAGACGCAGUUCGUGCACCUGUACCUUCAGCUGACCGCCACCGUCUUCUCCAUCACCGCCGGGCUCGUCUUCUUGCUUGUUGAUGAUGUCGUGCCAGCGAUCUACCUGAGCGCGAUCGCCCUCGGUCUGACGCUAGUGCCAGGUUUAAGCUACCUACACGUCAGGGCACGGGCUCGCCAUCGCGCAAGCCUAAUGUCCCUCUGCACGGUCUGGUUCUUGGCCGGAGUGGCGUCAACGGCCACCAUAGGAGCGUUGGCCGCUUCCGACUCGACCGGGCAGGAACAACUGCAUCAGAACGUGGCGAUCGCGCUUCUAGCCAGCAGUGUAUUGGUACUUGUCCUGAUCGGGCUGGUGGAAUUACUGCAGCGUGAGUCCUUGGUGGACUACCGACGUCCGCUUGACUACGACACGGCGAUGGCGCAUGACAGUGGGCGGCUAUUGAGCGUUGAAAGGCGCUCGUUCGCGCCCUACGCACAGUUCGGUAGAGCUGCGCCAGCCCUUGGAAAGGGCGUCACGGGUGCCGGAGUAGGUCCAGGCCCAGUGUGGUCAAUGGAUCGUACUGAAGGACCGGGUUGUCGCUUUCGAGGGCUCUGGACGGUGUACGCUAUCGGCACGCAACUAGUAGGCGUUCUCGCGUUCUACUGGGUGUUGUUGGUGUUAGGCAUGAACGCAAGUGUGGAGCUACUGGAGCAUGAGGACGUCUGGUAUGUGCCAUUCUGGCUGCUCACAGGUGGAGCCCUAGUCUCUACUCUGCUAGCACUUUGGCUUGCCCCAAAGACGUUGUUCGUGGGUUCAUCCGCGCUGUACGUGGUGGCAUUGGUGUUGGCUAUCGCCUUCUAUUCGGCAGAUUUGCUGCUUGUAGAAUUCGGUGUGGCCAAGCUGCUGUUCUUCUGCUUCAUUGGUGCUGCGAUGCCUUUGCUUGCCAUUAACGUACUCGAGCUGGCUCCACUCAACUGCAACGAGGCGGCAUUUGCUCUGGGCAAAGGAAUGGAGCUGCUCACCAUUGCCUUAUUGCAGUACUUCGGCACUGCUGAUGGUACGCUGUUCGGGAUGGAGCAGAUAGACCCUGCUGAGGAUGCUACACGCACCGAUAACCACAAGGACGUGAUCGCAGCUCACUACAUUGCCGCGAUCGUUCUGGGCGUAGUGGGUGCUGUGGCUACGCUCUGGCACGUCCCGAACACUGGCGGAAAAUCCCUGCCAGAGAUCGACCGUGACCUCAGUCAUAUGCGCUCCUACUUCGCAUUCAGCCGCAGCCGUCGUCAACCAUCGACUCAGCCGCCGGCCCCAACAGUUACCGAGCCACCGAUCGAGCAAGAGCCGCCUCUACCAGCAGCAGAACAGCUGUCAGCACGAAAUGCGGCACGGUUCGCUGCCUUCUACCCAGACCCGGCAGAUCCGAUCACAUCCGACCAUAGCCCAGCCAGUCGCAGCCGCAGUCGUAGCCCUUACACCGAUCUCACCGAUCAGCACCACCUGCAGCUACAACAUCACCAGCAGUACCUUACCGACCCUCAGGACCUGCUAGAUCUUCAUCAGGAAGCGCUCCGGAGGCAACACGAGGCGAACUAUUUGGCCGCCCGGCAACUCCAGCAGCGAGCUCUUGGUCGAGGGUCACCCAGUGGCUCCGACCUCCUUGCACCCGUCCGUCGUGCCUCCCCCGAUGUCAUUCAGCCCCUGCCACUGUUACCUCCGCUCGUAGCUCGCGCAGGAUCUCGAUCGGAACCUCCAAUUGGGUCACUGACUGUGAAAUCGGAACCAGGCGCAGCCCUUCGGCCGAUCCUUAUGACGCAACGGAGUGACGCCCCAGCCCCCCCACCGAUGCCUCCUGCGGACUACCUCACCAAAUCGCUGCCGCGCGUCAAAGCCGUCCGCCAGUCACGCAUCCCCCCGAUCGUACCCAAGCCGGAGCAGCCCGAGGAGGUGGUGGUGCCGGGGGUCGAGUACUCCCACAACCUCGUCCCAAGCCAGUUCCUGCGUCAAUCACUGCAGAACUCCCAGCUGUUCCGCUAGAGUUGGACCUCGUGUGCUGUCUUGGUGGGAAAUAAAUGCCCGAU